AUGCAGGUGCAAGGUGGAGAGAAGGUGUACACAGGGGUGCUCCAGGGCGUCAUCAAGAUGGCCCGGGAAGACGGUAUACGCGGACUGUUCCGGGGCAACGGCACGAACUGCAUGCGCAUCGUGCCGAACUCCGCGGUCAAGUUCUUCGCGUACGAGCAGUUCGCAGCGAUGAUAUCGUCCUACCAGAAGCACCGGACGGGCGACCCGUCCAUCACCCCGCUCGAGCGUCUCCUGGCGGGGGCCACCGCGGGCAUCAUCGCGAUGAGCAGCACGUACAGCCUCGACAUGGUGCGCGGGCGCCUCACGAUUCAGGAGAGCACGGGCGAGCAGCACUACCGUGGGAUCCUGCACGCCUACGUAACCAUCGUCCGCUCCGAGGGGCCCGGCGCCCUCUACAAGGGCUGGGUGCCGUCGGUCAUCGGCGUGGUGCCGUACGUCGGGCUCAACUUUGCCGUGUACGAGUCGCUCAAGGCCGUCCUGCUGCGGUACUGGGAGCUGCAGGACGAGACGCAGCUGUCGGUGGUGUCGCGGCUCGCGUGCGGGGCGGCGGCCGGCACGACGGGGCAGACGGUGGCGUACCCGUUCGACGUGGCGCGGCGGCGAUUGCAGGUCUCGGGCUGGCAGGGCGGCGGGCAGCUCGUCAAGGGCCAGGCGGCGUACUCGGGGAUGAUGGACUGCUUCAUCAGCAUGGUGCGGCACGAGGGCUGGGCGUCGCUGUUCCAGGGGUUGUGGCCGAACUACGUCAAAGUGGUGCCCUCGAUCGCCAUUGCCUUCGUGACAUAUGAGAAGGUCAAGGAGCUGCUCGGGGUCCGCUUCCGCAUCUCAGAAUGA